CUUUGCUUUUGUGGAAUUACGUAAACAGAAAACACAAAUAUGUCAACAAAGAGAAGUCAUUUGAUAGAAAAGUGCAAAGUACUCCUAGUUUUAGGAUAAUUGUUUAAAAAAAAACAUUCACCCUACAAGGGUGUAGGAUUGUUUUUGCGCGUAACAAGGCAAAAUGUCUAUAAGAGUUCUUGGUCGUUUAUUCAAAAAUGGUACAUCCUUACUACGUAAUAUCUGCAGCAGAGACAUUUCAUUCAACAUUGCCGAAAAAAUCAACGCUGUUUCAAAUGUCCCAGUUGCAUCUGAACAAGUGUCCCAACUCCAAAACCGGUUGAUUCCUCGAAAUUCUGUCUUUCGUAAUGUUGGAGUUCAAAUUGGUCUACAAGCUAGAAGGAUACUCAUUGAUAAUGUUCUUAACCGCGUAACUAAUAGUCUUGCAGCAGAUUUGAGGAAGAAAGCCGCGAAAAGAAUACUAUUUGGAGAUUCCGCACCAUUUUUUGCAUUAGUCGGAGUGAGUUUAGCAUCUGGGACAGGAAUUAUAACAAAAGAAGAAGAAUUAGAGGGUGUAUGUUGGGAAAUAAGGGAGGCAAUUUCCAAGAUAAAAUGGUUUUAUCAUGAUGUGAACAUUGAUGAAGUCCAGACUGAAGAUAAUCCCAUAACUUUGAAAGAUCUUACAUGUGGUAAACCGAUUGCACAAGGAGCAAAUGCUGUGGUAUAUGCCUGUAAAUUGAAGAACACUUCAAAUCAAGUUAAAUCUGAACGGGAAGUAAUAACAGAAAAGGACGAACAAAAUAAUGAUCAGAAUGAAUAUCCUUUUGCUUUGAAGAUGAUGUUCAAUUAUGAUAUUCAGUCGAAUUCAAUGGCUAUUUUGAAUGCUAUGUAUAGGGAAAUAGUCCCUGCUAGAAUGUAUUUCAGUAAGGGUCAACAUUGGGAAGUAGAUUUAGCAGACAGAAAAAGGCAUUUACCACCACACCCUAACAUUGUUGCCAUGUUUUCUGUAUUCACUGACUAUAUUCCUGAGUUGGAAUCAUGCAGGGCAUUAUUUCCAGAGGCAUUGCCUCCUAGGAUCUACGCUGAUGGUUAUGGAAGGAAUAUGUCCCUAUUUUUAUUGAUGAAGAGAUAUGAUAUGUCUUUAGAGAAAUACUUAUCCAGUCACAAAUCAUCAACAAGAACUUCGAUAUUGCUUUUCUGCCAACUUUUAGAAGGAGUGGCACACUUAACAGCUCAUAAGAUCGCACAUAGGGACCUCAAAAAUGACAAUCUUCUCAUAGAUUGCACAGAUCCUGAUGCACCAACCCUUGUUAUAAGUGAUUUUGGAUGUUGUCUCGCUGAUAGAUCCAGCGGUUUAAUGCUUUCAUAUUCAAGUCCUGAAAUCGAUAAGGGUGGCAACGCAGCCCUCAUGGCUCCUGAGAUCUAUAACAUGCAACCUGGAACUUUCAGUGUACUAAAUUAUACGAAGUCUGACCUCUGGGCUGCGGGAGCUAUUGGAUAUGAGAUUUUCGGUGCAGACAAUCCAUUCUACGGAAAUAGGGAUCGAAUAACUUUGAGAAAUGCAACGUAUAAGGACGAAGAUUUGCCAGAUUUGCCUGAUAAUGUGCCCCUUAUACUGAAAGAGUUGAUCAAGAAUAUUCUAUGUCGCAAUCCUAAAAAGCGAUUAGAUCCAGAAAUUGCAGCUAACGUAACGCAACUGUUUCUUUGGGCUCCUAGUGCUUGGCUCAGACAAUCCAGAAAGCUGCCUUCUUCAGCAGAGAUACUUCAGUGGCUUUUGAGCUUAACAACAAAAGUUUUAUGUGAAAGAAGGGGUAUACCCAGUUUUGCUGAAUUGCAAAAUAGAGAUGGUUUGCCCCAGGGGAGACGAACAUAUCCAGAGUAUUUAUUGAUAUCGAGUUUCUUGUGUAGAGCAAGCAUCUACAACAUUCGAAUUGCUUUGUCUUGGAUACAAAAUAAUGUAUAUGACAAUGAUUACUAAAUUCCUUAGGAUCCAUGAAAUUAUCUUUAGAAGGGUUUUAUGUUCGUUAGUAUUCAUUGUGAAUGCAUGUAUAAUAAUAUUUUUCAAAAUCAUUGUUUUGUGGCAAAUGAAAAAAAUCGUAAGGCUGGUGAUCACUCCAAAAAUUUGUUAAAUAUUUAUUGUGUUUAUUGGAAAGUAAAUGAUAUUUUUCUUGUGUAAAUAAAGAUACUGAAUAAAA